AUGUCUAACGCCGAAACGAUAAAGGCCAUCGGUGCUGCUGUUGGAAAGGCUCUGAAGGAAUCAGGACUCAGUGGCUCUGGCUCUGGUGCUGCUUCUGGCUCUGGCGGUCGCCGUGGUGGUCGUGGUGGUCGUGGUGGCCGAGGUGGCCAUGGAGGUGACGGAGGUGUUCGCAAGAAGCCCGCUCGUUGCUUCCGCUGCGGCUCGACUGAGCAUUUUUACAAGGACUGCCCUCACAAGAAUAAAUCCCGAAGCAAGUCCAAGCAGGCCCAACUCGAGGCCGCUGCUAAGAGGCCAACUUUCCCACCUGCUGCGCCUCCUGCUAUUCCUGGAUGGGAGUCCAUUUGGGAUCCAACAUUUGGCGCAUAUCUCCUGCGGCCAGUUGUGGUACCAACACAGGGUGCUCCUACUUCUGCCGCCCCUGCUCCUGCUCCGGCUCCUGCUCCGGCUCCGGCUCCUGCCCCUGCUCCUUCUUAUUCUCCCGCUCCCGCUAUCGGUCUCUGCCAUUCCCCUCUUUCCGCCAACAGCGACGCUCUUGUAUCUGAUGCAGAGUAUCGCUUGCGUCUUGCGGAAGCUGACAUUCAAGCAAUGAAGGAACGCUUCAGCGGGCCCCAGCCUCAGCCUCAACCUCAGCAGCAGCAACAACACCAACAGUUUGGCCCUGUUCCUGCUACAGUUCCACCUCAACCGACCGUCUCUGCUCUUGGGCCUGAGCAGCAACAGGCACCAACUCUUCGCAGUUCAGGACCAAUCUCUCUCGACGACUUUCUGGGCCCUGCAGGGAAUUUGCCUCUCAGCCAGAGCCAAUCGUUUGAGCCUCGCAGUCGCAGGCGUCUCAUCAUCUCAUUAGUGAGAGCGACCAACGUCAGCCCAGGUAUCGCUGCCCAGCUACUCUGGCGGUUUGACUGGAACCUCAGGUUCUGUGAAGACCUCGUGUGGAAUCAAGGGUCAACAUGGCCCUCUAGUGUGUUCAAGGAUGGCGGUUUGAGACGAGUGUAG